GUUAUUAUAAUCAAGGACGAAAACCCAGUACAUGCAUGACACAAAGGAGUGAUUGAUAAGUGGUUGCUUUGUUUAUAAAACUUUUCGGCACACUGCCAAUGUUUUCAAAAUAAGAACAUUUUGGGUUGAAUGUGAAAGAGCUAAAAAAACAUGACAAAGUGCUGAAGUCUACGAAAAUAUCUAACCAUGCAUGCGAUAAAACUUGUUUGAAAGUGAAACUAACAUUUGAACAAGUCACAUUUAUUCUAUUUUCUUCAGAUCAAAACAUUUUUUUUAAAAAGAAGCACGUAUCAAAGACUUCUGUUAUAAGGCAGCCCAAUAGUGAAACACUACAUGUACAUGUAUGAUGUAAUAUUGGUGAAGCAUAUCCUAUGUUUAAUCCUAAAGGUCAAGGUUAAAGCUUAUUGGGUUUUUUAAACCUAAGAAGUAUCAUGAUAAGUAUUUUUAGAAUGGAUGUCAAGUCACUAGUGGUAUUGACUUUGUUUGAGAAAGAUGUUUUCGAAAAUGCAGUGCAGGCUUUGUAUAUUGGGGAGACUUGUGAAUCAAAGAACUGUUAGUACCAAAUCAUCAAUUACUUGUACUAAUGGAACUUUAAUUAAUUCCCGUGAAAAAGAGAAUUUGUUAGAUAACCACAAAUGUUAUAUUCAAAGACAAAUAAUGGAAGAAAGAAAAUCUAACAUUGACAAUUCUGAGUCGAGUUGUUCUAAGGAAAAAGGAAUGCAGAAAAAGUGUAGUCAAAAAAAUAUUAAUGUAUUAGACGACCCAGCUGUUAUUCAAGUUGGAAGUACUAUGAAAUCUUGUACACAUGAAGUAAAAGAGGAAAUAUUUCAGUAUAAAAAGGAUCGUUAUAAUCGAAGAUCAAUUCCAUUUUCCUCAGGAUUAUUGGAAAACAGCUUUCAUGCAACUGUAUCUCAAAAAAGAAAAGUUCAUUUGUCUGGAGAAUCUAAUUAUAAAGUAGCUCGAACCAAAACUGAUGAAGUUCUUGAACUUGCUGAAGAGAUAAAAUGUCCGAACAAGGUUCAACAAAUAGAUAAAGAGUAUGGUGUGAAUCGACAAUGGGAACUGACCAGAUUAGGUAUAGAACAGCUACAAAGACCCAGACCUGCAUUUGAAUUUACCAUAAUGUCAUACAAUAUCCUGGCUCAGAACUUAUUGGAGGACAAUGAAUAUCUAUACAAAGAAUCCCCAAAACAAGUUCUAGACUGGAAGUACAGAUCUGAAAAAUUGCUGCAAGAGAUUCAAGCUCUAAAUGCUGAGAUAUUAUGUUUACAAGAAGUAAACAAAAAGCAUUACACAGAAUUCUUGGAACCUAAACUGAAACAGCUGGGUUAUAAUGGUGUGUAUGUCAAGAGAACUGGUGACAAAUUAGACGGCUGUGCAACAUUUUUUAAAAGAGAAAAAUUUACUCUGGAACAGAGUGUUUCUGUGCCUUACUAUAAAUCUAACUAUAGUCUGUUGGACAGAGACAAUGUUGGUCUUGUUGUUAAACUUAGACCGCAUAAACACCAAUAUUCAGAAGAAGAUUCCAUUUGUGUAGCUAAUACUCAUUUAUUAUUUAAUCCAAGGAGAGGGGAUAUUAAACUUGGACAGGCCAUGUGUCUUCUGGCAGAAAUUGAUAAAGUUGCAAAAACCAAUAAAAAUCGUCAUUGUCAGGUUCUCAUGUGUGGGGAUUUCAAUGCUACACCGUUUAGUGACUUAUAUAAGUUCAUGGUUCAAGGGUUCUUGAGGUAUGAAGGAUUACUAACAAGGACUAUAUCUGGUCAGAGAGAAGGGCAAUAUGGCAAAGACAAUUAUUUAUCACGAGAUUUUUUUCCGUCAGAUGUAAACAUUUCGGACCAGUGUCAACAUAUAGAAAGUGAAAACAAACACGCUUCUAGAAGAUCUCACCAUCAGGAGAACUAUGGACAUAGGAGCCAACCAGCUGUGUCACAGUCUUCAGGGUGUAUAUGGCACAAGUUGAAUUUAGUAUCAACAUAUCGCCACACUAUAGAAAGACUGGGACAUUAUGAACACGAAGUCACAACACAACACAGUGCCGAUGCUUGCACAGUGGACUAUAUAUUUUACAGCGUCCAACAUAGGAACGUGCAUACACGACGAAACAAGCACACGACCAGCAAUAUUAUGGAGGACAAACUCAGAUUAUUAGGUCGCUGGGGCCUCAUGUCAUCCAGAGAAAUUCAAGAACUUGGUAAUUUGCCAAAUCAAUAUAAUCCUUCCGACCAUUUACCUCUGUUGGUUAAAAUGAUGCUGAUUUAAUUAUGAAAAGGUGCUAGUUAUUUCCAUUAGAUUUGAAUCUUCAUGAUCUUUGAUCUUAAUUCUGCUUCUACUUUCAUUUAGUGCUAACACAUGAACAGUGCAUUUUCUUACUAUUUUGACUUAGAAGUUUUUUAUACUUUCAAAAUAUGUGGUGCUGUGUAUGUAAGUUUUGAUUUAUCAUUGUCAAUAAAUAUUUAGAACUGUACAAAUGUAUAUAAGUAAUUUUGUUAGUGGGACAAUAAGGGGUAAAAAUGUUAUUGUAUUUUCAAUUUUUCAUUGAAGCCAAACAAACACCAAAAUUGCAAAUAAAUCAGCAAUAUAAUUGUUUUCUAAUCACUUGUAUAGAAUUGGAUACACAUAUACACUGCACAUAUAUCAUGUAUUAGUUAUACCAUUAAUUUGAAGACAAAUUUUAUUUCUCAAAUAUAUCUGAUAUGCAUCAUGUGCAUAUGUAUAGCAUUAUUUCAAGACAGCAUUUCCUAAUUAUGCUCAAUUUCAAAGUUGUAUUUAAUUAUUUUUUUGUAUUUUCUCAAUAAACAUUGAUAAAUGCAUAUACAAUGUUAUCCAAAUAAACCUCUUUUUAAUAAACUAUGUUAAUUAUAAUUAGGAAUAACUGUAAAAAUUGGUAUUAAACAUGUCAAAGGAGGAUUUAAAUGCUUAUAAUUUAUAAAUCGUAAAUAUGUUAUUUAAACUCUUAUGAUAUGUCUGAAGUUAUUAAGAUGAAAUAAUAACAGUCACUUAUAAUCAUGCUGUUUACAAAUUAGGAAUAUAUAGAUACAUGUUAUAUAUUUGUAUUUUCUAAUUUCAGUAUUGAAUCGAAAGGUUAUACUUUAAAUAAUCAAAAUCCUUUCACAACUAGUCUAGACUAAAUGGAUUAAAACUCAGCUUAGUCAAAGAAGGUGAUCAAAGGUUUAAGACAGUAAUGUGACCUUUACAUGUCUAUAUUAGUGUAUAUGUAUGAUAGUGAAUGUGUUUGUCAGUUUGAUUGAUUUGUACCUCCAUUGACUUUCAUUGGGUUUCUAAAAUGCAUAGGUAUCAACAUCUUUUUGAUUUAUACUCUAAUGUAUGGUUAAAAAUUAUCUCCCCUUUUAGUAGAAGUAAGUUAUCAGCACUUUUGGGUAUUUAGCUCAAUUGUGUCCAUUGACCUUACUUAGAAUAGUCUUGACUCUUGGACUACAUUUAGCCUUAUUAUGUCAUACAACAAUCACCUUUCAAAUAUAUGUUUGUCAUGCAUAUGUUUUAAAGGAGUAGGGGCAAUCAGGCCCUUAUUUGGCCCAAAAAUUACUGCAAAUUUAAAAGUUAUCACACAUAAUCUUUAAUUACUGAAAACUUGACUAAGGUAUAAGGUACUAAGAAAAACAAUACAAAUUUGACAUCCAACAAGUUACCAUGGCAACAAAUCAUGACCUAAUUUGCAUAUUUUGAUAAAUUUCGUGAUUUUCCUUGUUUUUUCAUCAUAUUUUAAGUAAAUAUCAGAUUGAAAAAGUAUGUGCACACCCAAGAAACAACUUUAUAUUUGGUGAGAUUAUGCCAAUAGUUAUUGUAAAGCUUCUAUUAAAUUAUUUUGUUGUUUCUCGGCUGCGCAGGAUGUUUCCACAACAGAAAUAAAGACAAAAAACUGCAUAAAUUCUGUAUUUUCCAUCGUUUUUGUGAAAACAGUACAUAUCAUGACGUAAUUGUGACGUCAUAAGAUAAAAUCUUUAUGUGUUUCAUUUAUAUUUCUUGACCCUAUGCAUUUCUAAACAUUAUGUGCCAAUUUGAAAUGGUUAUCAAACAUUUUAUUUUCUUGGGCCAAAACUAGGCUGUUCAGGACUGUGUUCAUUAGACGUUCGCGGUACCGCUAUUAAUGUAUUGUAACGUCAUGCUACUUAUGACGUUGUGAUUUAUGUGCAAAUAGAGAUUAGAAUCAAUACAAGUAGAAACAGCUGGUAUUUCCCUUAAUGCCCCUACUCCUUUUUAUGCAAUAUUUUGUGUGAACUUGUACAUACAUGUACAUGUAUGUGUGCAUGUGUAAGUGGGCUUUAGUUAUGACUGACAAAUUUGCAGGAGUGAAAAUUUGUCAAUUGUGCAGUCUUUAGAAUUUUUGCCUCUGUUUUGUACAAAGAGUGGUGGCAUUACUAAUGUUUUGAAUGGGUUUAUUUUUUUAACCAUCCAACCACCUACUGAAAGAGAGAUUUGAUUUUUUUUUUGAAAUUGUUUUCUUUUAACCAUUCUGUUUUGGAGUAUAUAAUAUUAUGUAUGUACAUGGUAUGAAAAGUUUUUUGUUAGAACUUUUGAAUAACUUUUGAAUAAAUUAAUGUUAAAAUAAUGUACAGAUUAUAUUUUUUGAAGGAUAUACAAUGUACAUGUAUAUUGAUAUAUAUUAGUCAUGUUAGUAUUACUGAAAACAAAUCAUGGGCAUUAUAAUUAUAGACUGUCUUCAUUUUUUUACACCCAAAUCAUGUAUUUAAAGAGUUAAAUAGUUUUCUUGCAAAUGAUUAUUCAAUUUAUUUUUAAGUUGAAUUACAUUUUUGAGAUAUUAAAAUCAAUAUUGAAUGAAUGAUGAGAUGAAACAGCUGACUUAGUGUGAUUAUUACUUAACGUAAAUUCAGAAAUUUUUAAUAAUGCAAAUUAGACUAUGUGUGAGUAUCGCAACUAUAGAAUGAUAGAACUCACAAUCUGAAAUCUGAAAAUAAAUUUCUAAUAUCAGAUCUCACAUAUUUGACAAUUUUUCAAAAAUGUCAAUGAUAAAUGCACACAAUACUUUCUGAAUUUACAGUAUAUGACAGUAUUUGGGUUGAUUUCCACUAUAUUCAUUUCAUGUUGGCCAUUAAGGCCAAAAUAGUAUCAUUCUCUUCAAUUUCUUUGUACAUAACAAUCUAGGACAUGCUCGAUGGCUUAUUUUGAAUGUAAAACAAGUCACAUAGUUUGACUUUUUUGUGGGGUACCAUAUGAGGUAAAAUUUAAAGCAGUUUAGCAUGUACCAAGAAAAGCUUCUUGUAGUGAAAAGUCAGAAACAUUUGGAUUUAACCCAAUGAAGUUCUUUGAAAAUUAAAUUCUGUGCAAACUUUAAUAACCCCAUAGGUUUUACAUUUUGAUUCUAUGAACCCCUUGUCUCUGCACUAUAGACAUGAUAGAACAUAAUAGAACUAUAAAAUCCAGUUUCUUCUUUACAAUUAUCAUAUUGAGAAAUCAUGUUAACAAGUUGUAAUUGUGUUCCUCACUUCAAGGUCUAUUAAGGAUAUUGACCCAAACAAAUGUAAGAUUCAACACCUACAUGACCUGAUAUUGGUUAAACCAAUUGUUCUUUGUUAAAUCAUAAUCAUGAUAUUAAUAAAUUUAACUAUUUCAAUGCAAGAAUUUUGUUGAUUACAGUUGUAUUUUUACAAGUUCAAUAAUUAAUGUCAGUGAAUGUUGUUAACUCUUAAAAAAUGACAAAAUUCAUGUUACGUUUAUUAUGUUAUCAAUAUAAUGAUUUUUCUUUUGUUCCAUUAUUAAUCAUGUCAAUUGUUAUUUUCAAUG